AAAGUCGCUGAUUAUUCAUGUCGUUAGGAAAGAGUCGAGCGGCAGUUCCUUCGAAGUUACAUCGAAACUUCCAUAAUAAUGCAGUGCUCAACAUGAGUGGACAGCAGGACGAGAAGAGUGUUGUGUUAACCGCCUACAUCAGCAACAGUGAAGCUUUACCGGCCGUCAGCUGUAAGGAUCAACCGGGGUUUUCGGGACCGAGCCGUAAAACCGGUCAGUAUAAUGUCCAGAAAUGCAGAGCACCUGCAGCGGUUCAGGGUUCGAGCUCAGGGAGGGUCCCGUACCAGCGCUGCAGCUCUCAGGACUCUCUGGAUGAGCAUGCAAUGGUGGACUACUAUAAAGAGCUAGAAAUCAUCCAGCGCAGUGGUGAUGCUGAACAUCAGGAGGAAGUGCAGCUGAAGGUGGCAGAUGAAGGUGAGCAGGAAGAGGCAUGGCUGAUGGAGGCGGGCCUAGCGACACUGUUUGAUGAGUCUGCGUCAGAUGGCGAGGAUAGUAUCGUACUGCUGUCCACCCUGACCCGAACGCAAGCCGCCGCUGUGGAGAGACGCGUGGAAACGCUCAAACAGACACUACGCAAACGAAACAAGCCAUACAGUGUCCCUGAUGUUCGGGAGAUCUUUAAACCUUCACCUUCUUCAGAAAGUAAAGAGAAUGAGGUGGAAUCCACAGAGAGAAGUGGGAGCAGUAAUGAGGAAGUCAAAACGCUGGGUAAUGGGGUGGGGUCUGACGCUCAGGGGAGCGGAGCUGAGACAGAGACUGACAUUAACCUGGAGGUGUCAUUCUCCGAGCAAGCACUUAUCUACAAAGAAGAGUUGAAGGUUAGCGAGCUCCGGAGUGAAGCUGAUGACAGGUUACCCGAUUUUAAAGUGUCUCAGGAUAAGACGGGUCGGACUCGAGUAGGAGAUCUCUCCCCUGAGGACAUGAAGAAAGUUCGCAGACUUGUUCUCAUUGAAAUGAGUGCUUUGUUUGACACGUGUGGAAUCGAGCUGAAAGCUCAUAAAGCUCUCAAGGUCAAAGUGAGAGAGUCGGGUUUGUUUGGUGUUCCUCUCUCUACACUACUGGAACAAGACCAACGGAGGAUCCCAGGAACUAAAGUGCCUCUUAUACUGCAGCAUUUAAUCUCUCAUAUAGAAGAGCAAAGUUUAGACACAGAGGGAGUGCUUCGGAUACCUGGAGCAGCUACUAGAGUGAAGGCAGUCUGUCAGGAGCUGGAACACACGUUUUAUGAUGGGAUGUUUCCAUGGGAAAGUCUUAAACAGCAUGAUGCAGCUAGCAUCCUGAAACUAUUAAUUAGAGAGCUUCCAUAUCCUCUAUUGACUGUAGAAUACUUCAACGCCUUCAUCUCUGUACUGAAGUUGCCCAAUAAGAAACAACAGCUACAGGCACUCAAUCUGCUGGUGCUCCUGUUACCAGAACCCAACAGAGACACCCUCAAGGCUCUGAUGGAGUUCUUCCAAAGAGUGAUUGACCAUAAGGACAAGAAUAAGAUGACAUUGAACAAUGUUGCUGUGGUAAUGGCUCCCAACAUCUUCAUGUGUAAAGGCUUCCGCAGUAAGAUCAGUGAACAACAAGAGUUUGCCAUGGCAACUGGCACUGCCAACAUUGUCAGGCUGCUCAUCCAGUACCAGAAUCUGCUUUGGACGAUUCCCAAGUUCAUCCUGAAUCAGGUGCGCAAACAGAACACAGCGAACCAGCGGAAGAUGAACAGAGACAGAGCGGUAAAAAAACUGCUGAAGAAAAUGGCCUACGACCGCGAGAGAAACUCAGACAAACAAGAGAAAAACACUGAGGCUGAAGGUGGCUUUAUAAGGGUUCAGGCUCCUCAGUUCUCUAUGGUCUCUAUGGCUGUACAGCUGACAGAGGAUUUAAAGGCAUCAGAUGUGCUGACACGCUUUCUCGGUCAAGAGAGGUCUCUGUCUGUGAAGAGAGAAGAUCUGUGUCUGUAUGAGAUGGGAGGGAACAUAAAGGAGAGAUGUUUGGAUGAAGAGACAUACAUCAAAGCUCUUCUGGAGCUCAACCCCACUGCAGAGUGGUUCAUUAAAUCUGCUCAACACUGAACAUGCCAAUCAACCAAUCACAUCUUAAACAAGAGGACAAACUCAUGAUUGAAGGGAAAGCACCAGUUCUUUACUACUGUACGACCAUUCAGAACCUACAUGAACGAGUAUAUUUCAUCUUGAGGUGUAUAGUCAGUCCAGUCCUCUGCCAGCAGAACGGCACACAGAAGACAGAAUGCUAAACCAUUAAUAUACUCACAAGUUGUUUUCGAUUAGACUGUUGAGUGGCAGUUUUAGUUGCACCAUUUGUGGUAGAAACCAAACAAAGUUCAUAGUGUUUGGCAAUUAGUGAAAUAUGGCACUUGGUCAUUAAUCAAAUUUUGUAUGUUUCAUUGCUUGUGAAGAAAUGAUCGUUUGAUUAGUACAAGAAUGAAACACUAACUUUAUAAUCUGAGUGAAUCUGAUGAAAACAUAUCUGGGUUUUAUUUCACCUCAACAUGAAUGAAAAAAUGAAAAGAAUACAAACAAGAAAUUAUAUUCUGUGUAAAGAAAAAUGAAAUCAGCAUUAAGGCAAUAUAUAUAUAUAAAAACUACCAUAAUGAAUAAAUGCUUUACAAUUUCUCAUUAAAUGUAUGUUUUGAGCAUAAUGAGCAUGAGAUUUGUUUUGCAUUAUGGCUUCAUUGUUAUUCAAAUAUUGCCACAAUACAAAACAAAAAAAUAUAUUACUUCUAAAAAAUAAGUGUUUUACAGGUAAACAUUUAAUGGUUUAUAUGUGUAUGUUUUCCCCCUUUUUAUUUUUGGGUGAAAUCUGGCCUGGAAAUGUUCUUGAUAGGUUUUGUGAGAUUCAGGAUUCAUCCACUCAAAAAUAUGAUAAUAUAUAUAUAUAUACAUAUAUAUAAUGUAACAAUAUCUGGGAACACUUUGCAAUAAGGUUUUAUUCAUUAACAUUAGUAAACAUAAACUAACAAUAAACUAAUACAUUUGAAAAAUUAAAAGUUGUUUUUGUUAAGAUUAAUGCAUAAUUAACUAACAUGACCAAACAGACAUUUUUUACAAAUUAUCAUUAACCAAGAUUAGUUUAUAAAUGAUUAAUAGAUGCUGUAAAAAUAUAUAGUUCAUUGUCAGGUUAUGAUACUUUAUGCCGAUACUAUAACUAUUAGAACCUUGUUGUAAAGUGUUACUUAAUAUCUCAAUUGAACGACUGAACUGUCUCGAAUAAUUCAAGUACUGAGGUCCACCAACAUUUCAUAUUUUCUGUUUCAAACAUUUGAUCGAUCUUUUAAUACUGUAGCAAGUUCAGCUUCAAAUUAGUAACAUUUAAAUUCCUCAAGUCUAAAACAAUUGAAAACAAGAACUGUUUGGCUGCUCCCAAGGAUCCUGGAUGUACUUUAUUAUGUUGUGCAAUGUUUCUACUCAUUGUGAGCAAGUCAUGAUAGUGAAGAGUCCUGUUUGUUCUCAAAUAAAACUUCAUUUCUAGAUGAUAUUUUAGGUCUUUACAGGAUUCAUGACACAGAACAACAGAAAUGAAGCUAAACACCAAAGACCUCACUUCAAAGGAGGGAACUCUGAACACUUGGCACUUAAACUGAGUGUGUCUUAUUGUUAUUAUUUACAAUGAUGUAGAUGUCAUUUCAGAUGAGUAGAUUUCAACUAUGUGAUUUUAUAUUUUUUUAUUAUUACUACAUCUAUUACUGCUGAUGUCCUGCUUUUAUUUUGUGCUGUAAACUGUGAAUAUGGCUGAAAAGUUCUGUUGUUGUAUGUUUUAAUGCUUCAGAAAUAACCACUAAAGGUUUUUUGUAAAUAAAUGUUUAAUUCCUCA